AUGGAGCUCCUCCAUCGGGAGCUGCUGAAGAACACCGCGAGCAACCACCCAGACGACGCAAAGAUUACCAGUGCGCUCGACAAGAUUCAGAAGGUGGUGGCCAGCGUCAACGAGACGAAGCAGUGGGAGGAGGACAUGGCCGCCGUGGCCAGGAUCAAGAGCCAGAUCAAGAACGUCGAGGUGUAUUCCCCUUAG